AUGCCCUCAAUUGAUGCCGACACGCCACUUCCCUCAACUGAGGGUAUCACGGAAACUAACUCCAGUCCACCUUCCAACAGGCACCGCACUCCUUCUGUCUCUCUUACCCCACCUGGCAGGACCAGGGAAGAGUCUCAUGGGCUUGCAUCUGCCAUCCACAACAUUCGUCUCUCCGACACAAAUGGACACGCAUCUCUCUCGCCCGAACCAAGACGCUCUAGAAAUGGUACUCCCCGAAGACGGCGUUCAAGCACUGGGGCUGUUCAGCAGCAUGAUGUCGCUGACGAAGAACUCCCUGAUGAUGUAUUUCAUUCUCCCGAGUUUCAGGGGGCUUUUCGAGAUGCCAAGCAGCUAAUGUCCAACGUUCAAUCUGUGCUGGGAAGCUCAAAUGUUCACGAAGGGUCUGAGUCGACCAUGCGAAAGCUUCACGAAGAGGCUGGCAAGCUCGCGGCGUUUGAGUACCCAGCAACUCGUACCGUUGGAUUCGUAGGCGACUCUGGUGUUGUAGUAGGCAAAAGUAGUCUGCUCAAUUCACUCCUCGACACAAAAGGGCUUGCCAGGACUAGCAAUAAUGGAGAAGCUUGUACCUGUGUUGUGACAGAGUACCGUUAUCACAAUCUUGACACGCUGGGCAUUCGAGUCAAUCUGUUCUCGAUGGAAGAACUCCAAGAUCAACUCGGUAGACUGCUCCAAGUUUAUCGCACGUUUGAACUUCAUCAAGAUGAGAUUAAUGAUGCCGCUGAACGUCAAGACAUGGAGGCAAAUGUCAAGGUGGCCAAGGAUACGUUUCGAGCCAUGUUUCGCGGUCGACUGACUGAUGAGGCAUUUCUGAUUCGUCAGACAUACGAGGAUGUGCUCGAAAGACUGACUAGCUGGGCAUCUGAUGCAAGGCCGCCUUUGAGGACUUGGACAGGUCUCUCGCCGCAAGCUUGCUCCGAUGUUUUGAUGGAGCUCUCUUCUGAGCCGGCAUCCAGAGAUUCUCCAGCGACGUGGCCCUACAUCCGAAGCAUCAAGGUCUUUUUGAAUGCGCAUAUCCUCAGUCGAGGCCUGAUUCUCGUGGAUCUACCCGGCCUUCGCGAUCUCAACUCUGCUCGAAGGAACAUCACCGAACGCUAUCUCCUGGAGUGCAACGAGAUCUUUGCAAUCUGCAACAUUGGGCGCGCAGCCACUGACGAGGGUGUUCAUCAAGUUUUUGACUUGGCUGACCGCGCUCGUCUGUCGAAUGUCGGCAUUGUCUGUACUCGAUCUGAUGUGGCAUAUGUGAAUUCGCUGACCUUUCAGGACAUCGACCCCGAGGAGUCAAUCAGAGACUGGCCAGGCAGAAGGGCAAGACAUAUUGAGCAGCUGUUGGAGCAUAUCGAAACGGCCACCAAGGAGAUAGAGGAAUUGCAGGCAGAAAUCGAGGAUUUUGGGGCGAGUGAUCUAUCUGAACAAGAAAGACAGGAAUUUGCAGAAUGCUUGGAGGAGCAACGACAAGCAAGCACGCGCAAACAAAACUACGAGUUUGAACUCAAAUCAUAUUUGAUCACAAACCGCAAUCAGAUCAUCACCGAUUCACUCAACACCACCUACGCCGGCCGCGUGACACCCUCCAGAGUCUUUUGCGUGAGCAACACAAUCUACUGGCAGAACAGAACUGCCAGAAAGUCAGAGGCCAAAAGACAUCUCGACCUCAGUGGCAUCCUGCAAGUUCGAAAACACUGCAUCUCGAUUGUCGCAAACAGCCAACGGCGCAUCGCUACACAAUACAUGAAAGACCAUAUCCCUGCGUUGCUUGCUGACAUUGAGCUCUGGGUCCAAUCUGGAGCUCGGACUGCGAGUGAAGAACGUCGCGAGGCGCUCUGCCAAACCCUAGACAGUGUUGAGCGUCGUCUGAGGAAGGACUUUACAUCGCGAGCUUUUAGUCGUCUAGCAAGAGGAUACAACGAAGACUUUGCGGAAUACGUUUGGAAUAAUCGUCACGUUUCUUCAUGGAGCCGGUCAGCCAAAAGUGCAAGCCAAGAUUGGGCAGGGAUUCAGUGGCAUCACAUCGGAUCACGAAAUUGGAACGAGGAGGCCAUGGAUGAUAUGGUUACUGAUCUUGAAGGGCCUUGGGAGGGAAUGUGUGGCGCUAUACAGGAACGACAGUCGAGUAUGCUCGAGAAUGCCGACGAAUUCGCAGACAUGGCUGUCGAGAGACUUGAAGAGCAUGAUUCCGUCGAUUCUUUAACUCGAGCUCUUGAAAACCGCCAGAAUAUGUUCCUGGCUGCUAUCGAGAAAGUCAAUGAAGACUUUGACAACGAUCUCCGAAUCCUCCGCAUCGAGUCACUUUCCGCCCUUCGAAGCUCACUCUUCGGGAAGUCAAUGGAGCCCUUCUACAACAGGUGCAACGCCGAAUCUGGCCGAGGAAGUGAUGCUCGUCGAAAGGCAAUCAUCAGAGGAGCUUUGAGCGAUCAAGAUUUGUUCACCAAGCUCAUGGGAAGCCUCAAAGAUAGUUUCAAGGCCAAUUCAGAGGCCACCCAGGCAAAGAUACAGGAAGCAACCGUGGAGUAUCUGCGCGUUAUUGAGCAACGAUUUGAUCUCGUGCGGAGUGAGAACGUCGCCCGGGAAAGCGAGCAGGAUCCAGACUUUCGACUCCGGGUUGAGCAUAUUGCGCGAGCUGGAAGGGAGACUAUGCAGAGGGUUCACCAAGUUAUCUGA